AUGGGUGAUGAAGAGAGAAAACCAGUCCCUUUCAAGUCAGAGGCUUUCACGCCGAUGCAACAAAUCUUCAAUCGGCUGCGCGACUACUUUGCGACGGGACCGAGCGAAGUCUUCCAGCUUGAAUGGCCUGCCAGGGUGCUUGACAAGGGCACUUACGACUACAUCGGCAGCGAUGGGAUCGACGCCCAACAGGUCAAACCUCAGACGGUUGCCGACGCCGAGUUUCGUCUCUCGAACGAUCUGAUGACCUUGGGCAACAUCUCGGCCGGGCCGAACGGUUCCAAGCUCUCUCAAGUGUACGAACAGAUUCUCUUCAACCUGGUGCCAACAACCAGCGGUUCCAACCCAAAUUUGGAGAAGCUUCACAUUGAUCAAGACAAGAUCAACGACUGGCUCCUCGAGGAGGUGGCCGACUGGGAGCCGCCUCGUGAGGACCUUCUCGCCGAUAUCCCGUCGGAUUACGACGAGCACAAGCCGCCGCCACCAGCCGCCGCCAAGCCCAUCGAGGGGGGAAAGACAGAAAACACCAUCGACGAUGCGUUCGACUCGCCCUUGCGGACCAUCUCGCGCGUUGAUCUCUAUCAAAAGAUCCUCGACGUGUACGAGUCCCAGAGAUUCCGUUGGGCGACAUUCAAGGUGAAGGCGCGUCCCAAUGACAUGACCAAGGCCAUGCCAGCCGAGAUCGACAAUUACAACCGGCUGCUAUCGACCUAUGCUCCCAUUGUCGACGCCCGUCUCGAAGGGAUCUGGACUCUGCUGGUCGUCCGUGGCCAGUACCACCGCGUGAGGUACUUCUUGGGGUUGAUUGAUGUCGGCUCAGCCUCGGAGUCUCUUCUCAAGGCUAAGGAGAACCUGCGGGCGUCCGUUAUGCGGAGCAUUGAUGAUAGCGAGGACAUAUACCCGGUCAUCUUCAGCCCAUCCACCUGGGCCAAGAGCUUAAGCACCGCAUUCAAGCCCGAGGAUCUGCUCACGAGCGAAACGCUAAUCCGCGAGGAGCUCAUGGAGAAGCAAAAGGAGCGAGCUAUCCUCCUCGAGCAGCUCAACAUUUUCAAGGCAGCCGAGCAGGACGUCGAGGCGCUCGAGCGCAAGGUGGAGGAGGCGCGGACGAGUUUCUUGCAGACCCGCGACGCCAUGCUUGAGAACUACUCGGAUGCGGCCAUCAACGCCAUCGAGAUGUACUUCGAUGUGCAGGCACGCAAUUCCGACAAGGGCAAGGGCAUCACGGUGGCAGAGGAUGUCGAGCGCGGUGAUCUCAACGGCGCGCUCGAGGUCAUGAACCAGAAGCCCCUAACCACUGAGCAGUUUGCCAAGCUCAAGGACAUGCAGGCCAAGUGCAUCAAGAACCAGUCUGCCUUACAAAGUGCAUCCGAGGCGCUCGCAAGAGCAUCGCUAGCCGCUGCCAUGGGUCGCGCAUCCGACACCAAAACGGUCGUGGCCACCAUGCAAGAGCGAAUCACAUCUCUGACCAUCGACAUCAACUACAUCGUCAAGAUCCUUGAGUCCUCGGAAAACCCCCUUGGGGUUGACGUGCAUGUGCCCGACCCGGAUGCCACGGUUCCCGAGGGAUCCCCUGAGGGCACUACCGCUGCCACAACCAAGAUCCUGCCCAAGCCCACCAGCCUUCCCGCACGCGUCGUCCCGACUCAACCCGUCCUACCGCGGCAGGAGCAAUUCGCGUCGGUCUGGCAAGAAGUCGUGUGGAAACUAGACACGGCGACGACGUGGAAGAACUCGAUGGCCUCGGCCUUCCAAUCCCACAUGGAUUGGAGCGUGGAUUUCUUCUUUGGCUCGGCAUCGGGGAGCGAAGAUAAGCAAGAAUCCCACAAGUCAGCGUCGUCGCUCGCCUUGAGCAGCGAGAUCAGCCUUGGAUUCCGCGCCAUGAAGGUGGUCGUCGGCCGGCCGUGGUUCGAUGGGUCAGUCCUGCGCCGCACCGAGGACUACUACCGCACCCUGUCGACGCCCAUCAGCGCCAUGGAUCCCGACGCCGUUGUCAAGGCUCUCAACCCGGAAACCGGCGACCACAAUUUGGUAGCCAAGAAGCUCGGCCCAGCCUGGAAUUCCCUGCUACCUUCCUAUCCGACCGCUUUCAUCGUCGCGAAGGACAUCCACCUCGUCCUGCGCAGCAAUCAGGAUUGGGACUCGUCCCAAGUCGAUGAUUUACACCGCAGCAUGAGCGCGGGCGGCGGGUUCUUGUGCUUUAGCGUGUCCAAGUCCGAGAGCUCCGAGGAGCAUCGAACCGCCGCAGCUGUCGCUCAUCGGGGCGAGUACUUGUCCAUCCGUAUCCCGGCACCGCAGAUCAUCGGUUGGUGUCAGGAGCUGACGCCAAAGGAUGCCUCGCAAGCGGCCUACACACAGGUUAAGGACUCCAGCUUAGGAAGGGGUACGGAUCCAACACCGCUGCCUAACCCGCCCGGUCCGCCCAUUGGGGCCUAACCGCGUCCCGCAUGUGGCAGGUGUUGUCGAUCGUACCUCGAGAUAAAUAGGAAGCUGCCGUUGCGCGUUUUGUGCGAACAGCGCUCGUGGUGUGAGCUGAGCACGGAGGUGACACACGGGCUUGUCUGGAGCGCUGUUGAGACCUGGGGCAGAGUAAGGAAUGGGCUGGAUGAGAACAAGGAGCUGCAUAAGAGCAUUGAAGUACGGACUCUGGUAUUUAUGACACUCCAGUCGCCGCUGGCUAUGAGAAUCCCUCUGCAAUUCUGUGAAGAGGGGGAAGGAGGAAGGCCCGAAAGUUAACACCGGUACAGGAUAAGCAAGUUGCUUCGAUGAUAGGAAUACG